AGCGGGAUAUAAGUUGUUGGAGUGAGUCUAUAGGUAUAUAAAGAGUGAAUCUAUAGGUGAAAGAAGAGAGCAACAAGGGUGAAAAAAAGCAGAAGAAACGAGAAAAAGGGAGGAAAUAAGAUAGGAAGAUGGAUCCAUUAAGACGUUUGAAUCAACAACGGAAAAUAAGAAAGGAGAGGGAGGAUUUAACAGAGGAAAUGUUUUUUAAAGAGGAAGACUGGAAAAAGGAAAGAAAUGAAUUAAAAGAAAAAAUAGAGAAAUUAGAAAAUAAAAUGGAGUUUAAAGAGGAAGAAUGGAAAACGGAAAGUAAUAAAUUGAAAGAAAAAAUAGAGAAAUUAGACGUGAGAUUAGAGAAGUGCGAUGAGCAACAUUUGAUGCAGUCAGAAUUGGAUAAGAAUAAUAGUGUCGCUUCUACUUCGAUUACGCCUCAACUGCAAAGUAUCCGACCAACCACUAGUAGAACGGAGUCUACUCGAGAUAACGACGAUGACAACUUGACGGCCGGAACUUCUGGCACAUCCGAAAAUGCACAAUGCCAGAAUUCUAAUGUUUCUAAGCCGAGUGGAUUAAACAAGCCAAAUGUCGCAAAUACAGUAUCGAACAUUAAGGAAAAUGAUGCUUUUCCAGUUACUUCGGAUGAUGUCAACAGGUCAGUAACCAAAUUAGAUCAGUCUGCGCCUGGAAACUCUCGCAACGUGAACAAUACAUCUAAUACUAGUAAUGAUAACAAUGAUGAGAUUGUUAUGUGUAAAUGUCGGAAACCUGUGACCACAUAUGUAACUAAAAAAGAAGGACCAAAUCAAGGACGUGCGUUUUACAAAUGCGCUAAACGGCGGGAAGAUCCAUACCGUUGCAACUUUUUCUUGUGGGCUUGAUAACAGCGCCGAUAUCUGGCGAAUGAAAGGUCAUACGAGGACUAAAUGUCCAGAUAGGGUGAUGGACUGACAAAUGAAUUUUUUCCAAAUAAUAUUAAUAAAUAAUGUACAGUUUAUAACAAUUAGAGUUGUAAAAAGCUUAAUUAGAACGCAGCAGUAUCAAUACGGCUUUUAUAUCUGUAAGACUUGACUUCUGCCUUAUGAAACGAUAACAGAUUUCCGUUUGAACAAAGCGAUUCGAUAAUUAAUUAAUACUAUUUUAUAGUUAUUGUAUUCUAAUAAGUAACGCAAGUUACAGUGUUUAAUAUAAUAAACGACAACUCAUUUGUUAUGAGAAAAUUUUUCAAUCUCUAAUUCUUCUGCAAGUGAACUGUUUAUGUUAACUAUAGAAAAAUUAACAUUAUUGUCAAUAAUUAUCAUUAUAUAUGCUUCUAUUAGCGUUCUGCUAAAAAAUGAUACAUUUAUUUCAGUAAUAUUUAAAUACUAUAGGAAACUUUCCAGCAAGAAACACGCACAUAUCGACAGGAACCAUUCUGUCUUUUACAGAUAUUAAGAAAAACAAAAACAGGGUGACUUUGAUAUUCCUGUUAAAAAAACAUCCAUAGAAAACGAUAAAAACAAACGAUAUAAUCGUUUUUAAUCAUAGUUAUGAACUACGAUCGAUACAAUAAAACACGAUAAAUUAUAUGGCAGAUCCUAUCAGUUUCUAUCGUUUUCUAUCGAUUUUUUUAACAGGUAAGUAACUCUUGCUGAAAAGCAUCCACUGUUUGGUUAUGACAAUGUGACUUGAUGUGACCAAGUAUGUACAAAUGGCUAUAUCCUCUCUUGAGUCAUUUGACUUUACUUUAAUUUUUGAAGCUAGUGCAGUAGGUAUUUUCAUUAUGUAUGUUUUCUUACAUCAUGAGUAUUUUCACAAAUAUAUUUCUUUACACUUA